AUGUCGUUCUCCUUUUCCUUCUCCGGCGAAGACAUAGACGAUCAGGAUGGUUGUGAAUCUACAACCACAGAUAUUGCUGCAAAGCUUGAAAACACAAACAUAGAUUCAUCUCAGACCUCGAUCUCUCCAAAACGCCAUACACUUACAGAACUGCUAGAAUCGUUGCCAGAUCAGAUAUCAUACAACUGGCAUGAUGUUCCUGCCUCUCAAAUACAACCAGGCGAUGGCGGAACCCAAGCAGCAGGUCAUGGUGCAAGGAUACCAAGACGAGCAUUAUUCGACAUACGACAACAAUUGAUGUUCGAGUCUGAUCCUACCGCACAUGAUAGGAAGGGUGACCAGAUCACGGCAGAAAGUCUCCUGGAAGGUUUACAGACGGGUGAUCUGAGCACAGGCGUCUACGAAGGUGGUUUCAAGACCUGGGAGUGUGCUGUUGAUCUCGCCGGCUAUGUGAGCUGUACUUUCGGAGAUGUUGGUAUUGUUGGCGAUGUGCAUAGACAUAUCAUCGAACUUGGGGCUGGGAGUGCCAUUCCAAGUCUUGCGUUACUACAGAAAGCCCUGAGAUACAGGCAGUCAAGGUGCGAUGACAGGUGUCAAUGGAGCAAAGUGAGGUUCACGUUAUGUGACUACAAUGAAGAUGUGCUGAGGUUAUGUACGGCUGUCAAUGUCUUUUUGACUACUGUGCUAUCGUCUGAAGGUGAGACAGAACAAGGCACAUUAGCAGAGGAAGAGGAUUUAGAGAUUAAACCUGACCUCGUGAGAAAGACCUUACAGACAUUGGUCGAUGCAAACAUCCAGGUCGACUUCAUUUCCGGAGGCUGGGGAGACGGGUUCACAAACCUGCUACACUCGAAUCACACGAACGGCGAGCUGCACACCACCACCAAUCACACCUUACUCCUUGCGAGUGAGACAAUCUAUUCUCCAGCCUCGCUUGACAUCUUCUCUCAGAUGGUGCUCGAGCUCCUGACCCCUCAUGAUGACGGAGACAGCCAGAGAAUACGAGCCCUGAUAGCUGCAAAGAAGGUAUACUUUGGCGUUGGUGGAGGAGUCGCCGAGUUCGAAGAUACUAUAAGAAGUCACAAUGGCAGACUGGAGACUGUACUCGAUGUCAAAGGAGCAGGAGUGGGGAGGGUCAUUCUAGAGGUCUUUACAAGUUGA